AUGAACCAGCAGCCAGUUGAGAGGCGAAACGGUGGGGGUGACACCGCUGCAAGUGAUGAGACGGCACCAAUUGCUUCACAUCGUAGUGGUGGGGCUUCCUCAAUGUUUCGUUCUUUUGGUUCAUUGUUUGGAGCCAACAAUAACAGUGCUGGCGGCAGAGGUAUACAUUCUCCGACGAAUACGGAUGUUCAUGGAUACGUUGAGUUUGGCAUGCAGGAUCCAGAUCGAAGCGGUCGCACGCUGGGCACUUUUGCAGGCGUAUUUAGCCCAGUAGCAUUGUCAAUGUUCAGUGCUUUAGUCUUCAUACGUGUUGGCUUUAUUGUCGGCAAUGCUGGUCUUUAUGUGACGCUACUACAAUUUGUUAUCGCAUACUUAAUUCUCUUGUUUACCGUUGCUUCAGUAUGUGCAAUAUCCACUAACGGUGCCGUGGAAGGAGGUGGCGUCUAUUUCAUGAUAAGUCGUACCCUAGGCCUAGAGUUUGGCGGCUCGAUUGGUACGCUUUUCUUUCUUGCCAAUGUUGUUGGUUGUGCCAUGGCUAUAUCUGGUUGUACCGAAGGCAUGAUGGAAAACUUUGGCGACGGUGGAUAUUUUACACAUGACAGUAAGGGCUUAUUGCCUGAUGGCACAUGGUGGCGUUUUCUUUUUUCCACAAUAAUCAAUACAGCAAUGUUGGUGGUGUGUUUGAUUGGCGCGGCACUCUUUGCUAAGACGUCGGUAUUAAUUUUGGGUAUUGUGUCAAUAUGUUUGUUGGCCACAUAUAUAAGUUUUCUGGCUGAAGGUCCAAAGGAAAUUGAUCGCCCUAAAGAAAAUACCAUCUAUAAUCUGACGAUUAAACUUCCAUAUACUGGUCUAGACAGUAAUACGUUAAUGGGCAAUCUGUAUCCACAUUAUGUAGAAGAUUACACCUCGAAUGGUAAAAUGGUUGAUUUCGCCACAACAUUUGGUGUGUUGUUCGCUGGUGUUACCGGCAUCAUGGCCGGUGCAAAUAUGUCGGGCGAAUUGAAGAGUCCAUCCAGAAGUAUACCAACCGGCACCUUAUCGGCCGUUUCCUUUACUUUCGUUUCUUACAUUUUAUUGUCAUUCCUGAUGGCAUUUACCACACCAGCCGUAACCAUGCAAAAUAACUAUCUCUUCCUUAUGCCGGUAAACUUUUGGCCGCCCUUUACAGCCAUUGGUAUACUUACAGCUACAUUUUCCACUGGUCUCAGUAAUCUAAUUGGUUCAAGUCGUAUAUUGGAAGCACUAUCAAAGGAUCAAGUAUUUGGUUCCCUUUUGAAUUUCGUAGUACGAGGCACAUGGAAGGGUAAUCCUGUGGCGGCGGUGUUCACAAGCUGGUUGCUCGUAGAAUGCAUUCUAUUAAUCGGUUCACUGAAUACAAUUGCACAGGUCAAUUCAGUAUUAUUUAUGCUUUCUUAUUUGGCAACCAAUUUGGCUUGUUUGGGCAUCGAGUUGACUGGUGCACCGAAUUUUCGUCCACUUUUCAAAUAUUUUACUUGGCAUACCUGUCUGAUUGGUCUGCUUGGCACACUCAUAAUGAUGUUCGUGAUAAACCCAAUAUAUGCGUCGUCUAGUAUUAUUUUAUGUUUAAUUUUGGUGAUAGCGCUGCACUUGUUCUCGCCAGCUUCACAGGGUGCACAGUGGGGUUCCAUUUCGCAAGCGCUCAUGUUUCAUCAGGUACGCAAGUACUUGCUAAUGUUGGAUUCACGAAAGGAUCAUGUUAAAUUCUGGCGCCCUCAAAUGCUAUUGCUAGUAUCAUCGCCCCGUUCCUGUUGCCCUCUUGUCGAUUUCGUUAAUGACAUGAAAAAGGGAGGCCUCUACGUAAUCGGACAUGUAAAAGUGGGUGACUAUACAGCCGUCGUAGAUCCAACCAUCGAAGAAAACAAAUAUUGGCUCUCCUUUGUUGAUCAUAUGAAAGUGAAGGCGUUUGCUGAAGUAACAUUAGCCAAAUCCAUACGUGAAGGUGUACAACAUCUAAUACGUUUAUCCGGUAUAGGUGCAAUGAAACCGAAUACCAUAAUCUUAGGUUUCUAUGACAGUGAAACGCCGAGGGAUUUCUUCGAAGCUGGCACUUCGCCCUAUAAAACGGAAGGAUUUAAUCAUGGUGAAAUUCAAAACUUUCCAAUACGUCGUGAUGGUGAAGAGAAACAUAUUGAUGUCGCGGAAUACGUUGCGAUUAUGAGUGAUGUGUUGCGCAUGAAGAAAAACUUGUGCUUGUGUCGACACUUCCAUCGUUUGGAUAAAAACUUUAUUGCCAAGAGCAAACACUUAAGAUAUAUAGACGUUUGGCCAAUAAACGUUUUUAAUCCAAAUUCAAAUAAUCCUUUCGAUGUAGUCUCACUAUUCAUGAUGCAACUAGCCGUGAUAAUAAAUAUGCUUGCCAAGUGGAAACAUUUACGUUUGCGCGUUUUUCUCUGCGAAUCUAAUAAUGAAAAUUCGAAUAUAAGUUCUUUUGACACACAAAUGCCACAAUUGGAUACUUUUUCCAGAAUGAAACUGGAACAAUCACUGAAGAGUUUACGUAUUGAAGCAGAUAUAAUUGAGAUUCAAGAAUGGAACAGCGAUUCGGACUUUACAAGCCAUUCGCGCAUACUAAAACAAUUCACAAGUCAUGCCGACGAGGACCAUGAAGCUAUCAAUGAGGAAAAUAUCAAUCGCUCCCUUCUUUAUAUGCAAAGAGCCAAUCAAAUAAUACGAGAACGUUCCGAUCAGACUGCUGUUUCCUUCAUAUAUUUGGCUGCACCACCACAAAUUGGCACAGCUGACUUCAAAGAGCGCAGUGCCCGUUACAUUGAGCUACUUACAGAGUUGACUGCCGAAUUACCACCGACUAUACUGGUGCAUGGCAUAAGCACAGUUACGUCGACGACGCUUUAAAUUUACAAAUAUCCUACCAUGUAUGUGUAGCACACUAAAAAUUACUGCUACUCUAAUGGUCGCAACAAUUGGCGAAUGAAUCUACAAACAUACAUUUUUAAUUUUUUUUUUACACUUUCAUUUAUAUUUUAUUUGUCACUCUUCAAAAAUUUUACAAACAUACAAUAUUAACAAUUUUACAAAUAUUGAGGUAAUACAUUGAUAAGUUCGGCAGCAUUUGAAUGAAAUUUUUAUUAUUAUUUUACAUAUUGCCAAAAUACUAUAGUAUUCCAAAAAAAUAAUAUUAAGCGUAUUAUUUUUUAUAGACGAAGAAGAGUAAACAAUAGGCAAGCAGACAACAAUGGUUUUUUUUUAUCAAGUUAUCAAUAUUUACAUUUUAUCAAAGUAAAUUAAAAGUCUUAACCGCGAAUAAAAUUGUUUAAAUUUAAUCAUUUUCUCGUAGUGACAUAAUUUGCUUGUCAAAAGAAGCUCCAAUCUGUUCUUAUAAGAAAGUUGCAUAUCAGUGUAUUUCAAAAACCAAUCCAUAUAUGUAUGUACAUAUGAAAAACUAUACAGAGUAUAAAAGCAUUCUAUUAGAGAUGUCCUUGUUCUUAAGUUUUGAUUAUUAUUGUACAAUUAGUGGAAGAUAUAUGUCAAAAGGCAAAGAUUUUUAUAAAAUGCUUUAAUUCUUAUUCUAAAUAAUCUCGGGAAUGUGGCGCCAAGUUUUUAGAGAAACUAUUAUGUGCACAUUUUUUCAAUUCGAGAAAUUUUUGCAUUCCAUAGGAAAUUUACUUUUUAUAAAUUGCGAAGAACAGCUGAACUCUCGAGGCCCCUGUAUUACAAUAAAGCUUCCGACUAUAAUUUUUUCAACAUGAAAUGAACAGCUUAAUAAAUUUUGCUCUAAACAUGAAAUAGUAUUCGAAAAAGGACAUCUUAAGUACGUAUUUGUGCUUUAAAAAAUAUUUUCGUAAUUUCUCCAUGACAUCUGCUCUAACUGAAACUCAAAGAGUUGUGCAAUAUACUCAAAUGUAUUAGUGUCCUUAAUUUUUCUUUUAUUAUUUAACAAAUUUCUCAAAUAAUUAUACCUAACACCAAAAUCUACAAGUAACAUUACCUUAAGCUAAAAUGUAACUAAAUUCCAUAACAAUAUGUAUAUUUAGAUGUAUGAACAACUAAAUUUAAUUAAAUGUGAUUUUUACGUAAACAUA